AUGUUACAAAUUCAAAGAGGACUGAUUGUCACUGCCGUUGCAUGUAUUAUUUAUUUCGUUAUCGUAUGGUUAUAUAGCAUAGGAUUAUCCGGUCAAUAUCCUCAAUUAUAUACAAUAAGUGGAAAUGAAUAUUUCAAGCACUGCUUAAAAUCUAAACGUUCAUGGAUUGAAUGUAUUCAAUAUUUGAAUGUGAUAAGCAAUCAAAAAACCAUUUGUCUAGAUUCAUAUUCACAAAGCUGGCCACCACCUUCUGUUACAUACUUGAUUGAUAAACGUUUACGUGCUUUCAAUCUUGCAUUAAAGUUUUCACUUGCUCAGAAUGCAGCAGAUUCUAAGGAUGAAUACUUUUACAAUAAAUUUUCAGAUACUAUAUAUAACAACUAUAAACAAGAAGAAUUAUUAAAUGGUAACGAACCAGAAAACAUGGGUUCAAAUUCUACUGAGUACUCUAUAUUUCCGCAAAAUUUAAACUUUACAAAGUUGGUCUAUGAUAUACAAAAUGCGAUUCCUGUCCAUAUGAAACCUAUCAAUAAUCCAGACAUUUUUGCACUCCGGGUUCCUCAAUCAAUCUGCCAACCAUACAACAAUGAGUUAAUCCCACAACUGAUAGUUAUAAUUAAAUCAUGUGUGUAUAACUUCGAAAAACGUGAUCGCGCAAGACGAACGUUUAUGCAGAGGCAAUUAUGGCCGAAUUUCAAUGUUCAGUUUGUAUUUGUUCUGGGUAUUCCCAUGGAAAACGAAACGAAUUUUUUCAAAUUUGAUGGGAAUACAUAUAUUCUGGAUACCAAGUGGUGGGCAUUAUCUAAACAUUAUGGAAGUUCCAAGUGGCCGUUUCUAAAACAAUUAUUGUUAGAGGCUGAUUUACAUGAUGAUUUGUUGAUUGGAUCAUUUCAUGAUACGUAUUACAACUUGACCAAGAAGCUGAUAUUUGGUUUCAGAUGGCUCUCAGCAUUUUGUCCAAGACAAGUUCCUUUAUAUUUGUUUAUAGAUGAUGAUUAUGAUUUAGUGCCAAAGAAUGUAAUAACAUUUUAUAACAAUUACACUGAAGACUAUCUAAGAAAUAUGAAUGGAGGUUAUAUUCGUUCAUCUCGAACUGUUUUCAGACCAAUGGUCAAUGAGACGAGCAGUGUUUGGGCAAUGACUGUUAAAGAAUUUCCAUGGAUAAAUUAUCCACCGUAUUAUUAUGGAUUGACUUAUGUGAUCGGUGCAAGUUUGGUGCACCGCCUUGCAAUUGCUAGUGCUUUUAUUAAAGAAUUACGCAUUGAUGAUGCCUAUUUGGGGGUUCUGUUUGAUAAGUUAAAUAUAAAAUUGGUUAAUUUGAAGAUCAUUGGUCAUUCUUUGACUAAAAAGGAUAUUGCUUCAGGUGGGAUUAAUGUGUAUUAUAAAACCAGCAAACGUAUUAUGAACUGGAGUAGCGCCUUGAUUGGUAUUCAAAUGAAAUUAUCUAAACAGUCAGUUCAACUUAUCAUCAAACAAAUAUGCAUAAGAACAUUAACAUUAUCAGUUAAAAUAAUCACUGGUAUUAGAAGAAUCAUAAAUGCUAUCCUUAUAAUUUUAUUUCUAUUUUACUCAACCAUUUACAUUUUAAAUAGAAACAGUUCAAGAAAUUUUCAAUAUUUGCGAAACUAUACGAUAUGUUCAUAUGAUAAACUAGAAGAAGUAGCAUUAACCGAAGCAUCAUGGAUUAAUUUUACUGAUCAUUUAAAAUUUAUCAAUAAUCAUUCUUCAGAACGUAUUAAAAUGACUAAUUUUUUCACUGAGUUCAUUUCUUUCCAUAAUCAAAAUGAUGAAAUCAUUUACAAAAAUACUGCAUUACUAGAUUUAAAAAUUCAUCACAAUAUUCGUCAUGAUAAUCGUAUUACAGACAGUUUUAAUGAUGAUUAUUUGAUGAAAAAUGGUAGCUACAUUGGCCAUCCUGUAUUAACAAAAAACGAAAAAGGUGAAACGGUAGCAUUCAUCUUAACAGAACACAAUCCAAAAUAUUUUAAUGUAACAGCAGCAUUACAAGCAAUCUCAUCUGGUCUUUCAGUACACGAAAUACCAUGCAAUAACAAUAACCUAAUUGUUAUUCACUUACCAAAACGCACCUGUAAUCCUUGUUCUAGAAUUAAAAAUGUUGAUCUUGUUGUAAUCGUGAAGUCAUGUGUCUAUUGCUUCGAACAACGAGCAUUUGCCCGGAUGACUUAUAUGAACAAGGAUUUAUGGAAAAAUUUCAGUGUACAAUUCGUGUUUACAGUCGGAUUACCAACACCAAAUGAAACGAACAUCUACUACUUCGAUGGUGUCACAACUAGCCUAACAAUAGAUUCAUUGCAAUUAUCAAGAAAAUAUAAUAUUUCGAAAUGGUCAGCAGCCAAAAUUUUAAGUAAUGAAAGUAAAAUGCAUAAUGAUAUAUUGAUAGGUGCAUUUCAUGAUACUUAUUUUAACCUAACAUCGAAAAUGAUGUUGUCUCUGCGUUGGGCUGCCAACUUCUGUAAUAGUCAGUCACCAUUAUUCUUAUUUAUUGACGAUGACUAUGUGCUACAUCCGAACAAUACCAUCAACUUGAUAAGAAAAUUUAACUACUCUCAAUUAAAAUCCCUUGCAGCUGGAUCUGUAUAUUUUGGGAAAGUUGACAGACCUAUAAAUGGAUACGGUGGUCGAUGGGCAGUCUCUACCAAUGAGUAUCCAUGGGACUACUAUCCACAUUUUUUCUUAGGAAUAGGUUACUUCUUAGGAGCUGAUGUUGUACACGAUGCAUCGUUUGCAAUGUCAUUCACUAAACAACUGAGAAUUGACGAUGUGUAUUUAGGUAUUAUUUUAAAAAGACUUAACAGAACAUUAACACAUUUAGACAAUAUUCAUAUUCAUCCAGGGAAGGAUCAUUUGAAAUCAGGCGCAUUUAUGAUUACCAGAUAUUUAGCUGAGAAUUAUGUAAAUUGGACGACUGGACAGAUAACAGAGGACAAAAUCACAAAAAAAAUAAAUUGA